GCGCAGUCCUCUCAUGUCGACUUUCUGCGGCAAGUACGGAGUUUAGAUCCAGCGCUGUUCUGGACCGAUGCAGGAAUAAAGACGGCAACCGCUCGUGAAUGUUAAACACAUAGACGCCUAACUUAUAAGUUCUAUAAAAAAAAAUCUUGCGAGUAAAUGGGAUUCAACGUCUUCCGAACAGAAUGUAAAGAAUUCCUUGAAGGAUGUGGGGAAUUAAAGGCUCGUGCUCUGCGCUGUUAUUGUUGUUUUUGGCUUAUAUCUCCGUGUCCUCGGUUAAUGCCGACAGUUUAUCCGCUCCGCUCAAUGUGACCAUCAAAGCACUGGAGGGGAACUCGGCGAUAGUGACAUGGGACAUUCUGGAGGGAGACCCAGUCAUUGGGUUCGCCAUCACCCAGCAGAAAAAGGAUGUUCGUAUGCUGCGAUUCAUCCAGGAAGUGAACACCACCACUCGUUCAUGUGCAUUAUGGGACUUGGAGGAGGACACGGAGUACAUUGUCCACGUGCAGUCCAUUAGCAUGAGUGGCACCAGCCCUCUGAGUGAACCUGUUCUGUUCCGCACGCCCAAAGAGUCAGAGAAACUGGCCUCCAAAAGCCCAGAUGAAGUGACCAUGGAGGAGGUUGGCCAGGCCGCCCAGCUCAGGGCUGGAGAGCUCAUUAUCAUCGUGGUGGUUCUCGUCAUGUGGGCAGGUGUGAUAGCUCUGUUCUGCCGCCAGUAUGACAUCAUCAAAGACAACGAGCCCAACAAUAACAAGGACAAAGCCAAGAACUCGUCAGAGUGCAGUACCCCAGAGCACCCUACGGGGGGACUACUGCGCAGCAAGGUCUAAUUACGCCUUCCCCUGUCGGCAAUAAUAGGCUUUAGCCUCAGGACAGUGCUCCGAGACAAAACAAGUAAGCCAUCCAAUCACAAAGUUGUGAAGCCCACCUCUCAUCCUCGAUCAAACGACCUUUUAGUAUUCCCAUCGACCAACAUGAACUCUUUGGUGCUUGUCUGUUUGGCACACUGACACAAACUUGAGGACGAAAUGGACAAGAUGGUUCCAGAACUGGAAGCUUGAGCCGUUUGAAGAGAGUUAUUGAGUUUCGAUCCACGGCGGCCUCAAACGCUGAAGGACUCAAACGCCGUUGCUGUGAGCUGCAAAACCAGAGACGUGCCACCAGGAGUGUCUUCGGCUCCCGUGUAGACUCACAGAGAUAAGGAGAAACCUGCCACCCCGCGUAAACCCCAAAUAAACCAGGAAGGUGUGUUAUGAAAAAGAAGCAGGAGCGUUUUUCUGGGGGGGGGGUUUCCCAGAGCGAGCUCACCGUCAUUAUCAGCUCCGAACCAGGAUCAGGUCUCUGACAGGGAUGACAUUACGAUACUUCACUAUCUCUGCAUACUCGUCGCUAUCCUGUGUAUUCGGUUCCUCCUUUCUCACUUGUAGUUUCGAUUUCUGUACUCCAUUAUCCUCCCUCCAGCAGCCAAUCAUGGACAGGCUAGCUAAUUUGAUGCGGUUAAAUUGGUGCGGUGGGAUCUUUCUUCUCAGCACUCUCGCUCUCAGGGCAUUCAGGAAAACAUCCACAGGAAAAACGACGGACCACAUCGGGCCGCCUCGCAUUCACCCGCCUGCGGCCCAAUCACAGCGAACUGCACAUCAGCCACCGACGAUGAAGAGCUCCAUAUUAUAAUAGUGAUAGAAAACGUAUUUAACCGUUUGUGUGUCUCAAGUAAAUCAACCGCUUGCUGUCUCUAAUGAGCACAUUACUGUACAGUGAAGGUUAUUUUGGUCCUCAUAUUACGUUCAUUAGCAUAUUGGUCACGAGUAUGGCUAUUUACCGCUUUUAUGUGCCACUAUGAGAUAGAGUUGGGUGCCUUUUUUUGUUUUGCAGGCUUUUACCUUUCUUUCCCUUUAAACAAGUGAAGUCUUAAAGUCGACAUGAAAUCAAAGCGGACCCUAUUUACUUUCAUAGUACACUUUAUUGGGAGUGAUCCUUCUUUUAUUCCGGAAUUAAAAAUAAGCUUCUUUGAAAUCUAUUCAAUUCUUGAUUGAUAACGCUAUCAUCACAUGGACGCAUGAACGUUUUUUUUGUUUUUUCCCUCUGGCGCCCCACACAUAAAAUAUGAGUUGAAAAAACAACAACAACGAGAUAUCAGUAAUGAAUAUGGUAAUUAAGUAAAGACCAUGUUCCAUGAAAAUAUUUUGUAAAUUUACUACAGUAAUUUUUGAUUAGUAAUAUGCAUCGCUGAGGCGAUUUCCUCAAUAUUUAGAUUUUUUUUGCACCAUUCUAGAUAUUCAAAAAGUUGCAUCUCAACCAAAUAUUGUCCAAUCCAUAGAAGGACAUUUUCGUUUAAAUGGUUCCAUAAAGAACCUUCAACAUUUGAUGAGUCUUUGUUUCUCAAAAGGUUCUUUGUGUCUAAAGAAGGUUCUUCAGGUUAUAAAAAAGUAAGAAAGAGAUGGUUCUUAAAGAACCUUUGACUGAAUGGUUCUUUGUGGAACCAAAAAUGGUUCUUCUAUGACAUCGCUGUGAAGAACCUUUUAAGAACCUUCAUGUUUAAAAACAAAAGUAUAACAAACUACGAGCAAAGCACUUCAGCCUCCUUCAACUGGUCCUUACUGAAUUUGAUUUGUCUAAGAUCUGUUCUUCAAAAUCCUCGUUGCUUUAUUGGUAACAUCAUGUGAUCUUGUUUUAUCGUUUCCAGUCAUUUUUAGUUAAAAAUAACCAUUUAAUUAUCACCGUGAUUCACUAAUUAAAAAAGCUCUUUGUAAAAAGUCAGUAAUUUGGUUGACAGGACCUCAUUAGAAAAGUAAAAAGGCUUGUUAGCGCAUUUCACGUCGACUUUAAAUUCCCUCUCAUUAGGAAAUAUAACUUAUAAAAGAAGAUUUUUUCGACAAAUUCAAACUAAAUGCGAACAGUAAAUAGUCUUGACCGUUAAUGUAGUGUCUGAUGGGGUAGUGUCCUGAUGAAUGAGUCCUCUCAUGUCAGGAAUGAAGAAUUGUGGGAAUGCAGGUCAGAGGUCACGAAAACAUCGAUUACCUCAGCCGCUGGUCAUUCGAUCUAAGCUCGGUUCGACAUUGACUUUAAUAAGGUUACAGACCAGAUGAGUUUCCCAAGGACGCGUGUUAGCAUCUGAUCUAAAGAACAAAACCUCCCAUUAAUCUCCAAACCGCCGUACACAAUGAGCAGUGGAAUUCAAAUAGAGCGAUCUCAUUUUUCAAACGCAUAGAAGAGUGUAAAAGUUAAUACUUCUAUAUACUUUGAGUGUAGAGUACUUCAGGUUGGGUGGCCAUUCAUAUUCAAAAGCCCUCAUUGCGGGGACGGAUUGCACCAUUAAUCAAGCGUGUUGAAAGGCACCUGAAGGAAUCUCAGAACAAUUAAACAUCCCCGCAUUGGUGACCAUUACCUCCUCGUCUCCAUCACCAUGGCGACAGGCUAACGGACUGUCCUCUCACUGCCAUCUACGAGUCAUCCGCACCUUCGUUUUUCAUUCCCGCCAGAGGAGGAAAGCGUAUAUUUCUUCUUUAAUGACUGCUAAUUAACCUUGGCCAUGGGGAAGAGAGCUCAGGCAGACCGCUGGGUGAAAAAUGGCUCAUAUCAAUAUUCCGUCCGAGCGGCUUGCGCAGAAGAACAGAAGGCUGGGUGAGAGGACUGGCUUAAACCAGAGAGGACCAGCCGCGUGUUUUCUCUUCGGAGACGCAUUGAGGUUUUGGGUCCUGUAUUAACCUGCAGCACUUUCAUUCAGUUAUUGAUCAUUCCACGUGACGCAAGUGGACUAAUGAACAGAUAUGGGAUCUGUUCGGAGUGGUAUACUAGCGUGUUGCUUACUUCUUACUUUCCAGUUUAAAAAAAAAAAAAAAAAAAAAAAAAAAAAGUGCGUUUCAAAAAGUGAAGAAUGACAUGUUAAAAA